UGUUGAAAAAUUGUUUUCUGCUAAAGAGAAGAGCUGCUUGUAAAUUCUUCAACGCCACUCCAUCAUAUAAUUCUUCGAUUCCACGUCAUCAAAUCAUUCUUCACCUCCUUCCCCACCCAUCAAGAGAGUUUUUUACUUUAGCUAAAUAGGUCUGAAGUUCUCACUCUGCAAUCUCUCAACAAACGGCACGUUUUAGCAACUUCAUCUGAUCAGACUUUUUGUAACAGAUUUUAGUUCUUCAGUUACAAGAAUCGUUUCACAUUCCAGAUUCUUCUACACAAGUAUUUUCUUAACAAGUUAAACUAUACCAAGUUCAGAGUACUUUCAAAUUUUUUGGACCUGAAUUCCUACUUUUCUACGUGGACAUCAUGGUUACUCCAUCUGCAGAUGCACUUAGCACUUCUACUACUACGGCACAAUCUUUGACAUCAUUAGAUUUUAAUGACUUUAAUGUUACUGUUGGUUUAGUUGGCGAAGUUCGGGUAGAAAAACCACCAUAUUCUAUUUUUGAAAUGAUUCUCAUUGCCAUAGUAGCUGGAAUCCUGAGCAUCAUUACUGUAAUUGGAAACAUAAUGGUUAUGAUAUCGUUUAAAAUGGACAAGCAGCUUCAGACAAUCAGCAAUUAUUUUCUCCUGAGUUUAGCUGUAGCAGAUUUUUCAAUAGGACUUAUUUCAAUGCCUUUGUUUACAAUGUAUUUGUUAAUUGGUACUUGGCCUCUUGGUGAUUUCGUAUGUGAUACUUGGUUAGCAUUUGAUUACCUUAACAGUAACGCAUCCGUACUUAAUUUAUUAAUUAUCAGCUUCGAUCGAUAUUUUUCUGUUACAAGGCCCUUGACAUACAGAGCUCUUCGUACGACACGAAGAGCAGCAUUUAUGAUUGCAUCCGCUUGGGUCAUUUCUCUCAUGCUCUGGCCUCCUUGGAUCUAUGCUUGGCCUUACAUAGAAGGUAGAAGAACGGUGAAGAAAAAUCACUGCUAUAUUCAGUUUCUGGAAACUAAUUCGUAUGUUACUUUUGGCACCGCUUUAGCAGCUUUCUACGUUCCUGUUACGGUGAUGUGCAUUUUGUAUUGGAGAAUAUGGAGAGAAACAAAGCAAAGGCAAAAGGAUUUGACUCAUCUGCAAGCUGGCAAGAAAGAAGACAGUCGAAAAUCUACAUCAAGUGAUGAUCCUCCUGAUAAUGCAGAAGUAACUAGAAAAGCCGAAGAAGCGAGAAGAUUGCGUACGGAUUCUUGCGUUUUGGAAGAUACUUUGGAAACAACAUAUGUACCAACAUCUCUCUGUGUUGAGACUUCAAAGUAUCUUCCUAAAAAUAAAGAAUCGAAACGACUCAAGAUGACCGAACUGCUGCGAGCUUGGUGCAAAAUCGACCGAGAAGGCGAUCCCCAAGAAGAAGAAAGUACUAGUCAUGAGUCUCCAGUCACAACCCCAGGUUCUCUCGAAACACCCAUGCAGGCCUGUUCUCGAACAGCUUCCAUGAGUUUCAGACUUGACCACCGAAUUCCAUUGCAAUCUCAAUCUGUUUCUACGGUAUCAGCAUCUUCACAGAAAGCUAAUGAUCAGGCAAUUCCCAUGACAGAAAGAAAUGGCCAAAGACUACUUGAAUCAUCUGCUUCGGAAUGGAAACGACAAGUAACGGGCAUGUCGCCAAGACUUGCUACUACUCCAAUCGUACAGCCCCCCGAACCCACUUCAGCAGCAAGCACCAGUGUAAUAUCACCUCUUUCAACCACAGCAGCAUCACUUGAAACUUCGCAGCCACCCAUUAAUUCUCAAGAUUCAGUAUAUACUAUAUUAAUACGUCUUCCACCGAAGUCAGCUGCUGUGGAGGGAGAACCCCAGGCUUCAAUUAAAAUGAUCAUAGAAGAUGAAGAAACGAGUGAAAAUGCCAUACAGUCUAUACAAGAAGGUGAUUCUGCGGAUGCUAAAACUCCUAAUGAACCAGGAACAACUGAUUCUUUGGUAACAGCAACUGACACUGCUGUAGAUUCAAUAAGGCUUCCUCUGAACACAAAGUUGGUUCAUAAGCAAGUGGCGAAGCACAGAGCACCUAAAAAGAAGCGCAAGCAACAAGAAAGGAAGCAAGAAAUGAAAGCUGCUAAAACGCUAAGCGCUAUUCUCUUUGCAUUUACUGUAACGUGGACCCCCUACAACGUUUUAGUCCUUUACAAAACCCUCUCUAACUGCGACGAUGAUGAUUGCAUUACUCCAGGUCUCUGGAAUUUUGCAUAUUACCUGUGCUACAUCAACAGCACCGUUAAUCCUUUCUGUUAUGCAUUGUGCAACGCAAAUUUCAGAAGAACAUACACCAGAAUUUUAUCAUGCAAAUGGCACAACAAAAAAAAAACUUUAGAUAAUCGCGGAUAUUUUACUUAAUUCUACAUUUUUACGUGUGUUUGUAAUGAGUGUGCUGGAUAAACGUACAUUUGUCUUGAUUUUUAAAUAUGCAUUUAAAAGAACUUCUGUGUGUUUGCAUCACUUUAUUAAAGCAUAUAGAUUACUCGUAGUGACAUGUAGUGACACGAUAUACUUCUAAAAAAAUUUUAAUUGCAUGUUAAAUUUAAUGUAUGUCUAUGCACUAUGUGACUUCUUUACGCAAUUAUUUACUUAUCUAGCUAAUUAUGUAAAACUGGAACUAAAAUGUACACCUAUGUAUAUAUACACAGUGCUUCUGAAAAGAAACCGAAUUUUUUUUUUUUUUUUUUUUUUUUUUUUGAAUAAAUUGCAAAAUAAC